CUGCAGAAAUUUCGGCUUGCAGUAAACACCAGCUUCGCUUGUUGUAAAAUUUCGUAAUUCUCACAUUGUCAGCACUUUCACUGAGCUUUCUCUCUCUCUCUCUGUCUCUCCCCCACAAAAGAAAAUGACGUGAUACCCAGUUUCCAGCUGAUGCUCCGGUCACUGUUCGUAGUAUUUUUUUUAUCUUGCUUUUCCACUGCUUUUCCUUAAUUUUCUCCGGAAAAUCUAUCAAAGGGUCUUAGAAACAGCGUUGGAAUGUAUAAGAACCAAUUGCAAGAGUUGGCUCAAAGAAGCUGCUUCAAUUUGCCAUCUUAUUCUUGUAUAAGGGAAGGACCUGAUCAUGCCCCUCGAUUCAAAGCUACUGUCAAUUUCAAUGGAGAGACUUUUGAAAGUCCUGCCUUUUGCUCUACUCUGAGGCAGGCAGAACAUGCGGCUGCUGAGGUAGCACUCACCACACUUGCAAGCAGAGGCCCUUCCAGAGCAUUAGCUGCUAGAGUUCUGGAUGAAACUGGAGUCUACAAGAAUUUGCUUCAAGAGACUGCUCACAGAGCUGGCUUAAAGCUUCCAGUGUAUACCACUGUACGUUCAGGACCAGGCCAUGUUCCUGUUUUCUCAUGCACAGUUGAACUUGCAGGAAUGAACUUUACUGGGGAGCCAGCUAGGACCAAGAAACAAGCUCAGAAGAAUGCAGCAAUGGCUGCAUGGUCUGCCCUAAAAAGAUUGGUUCAACCUGGUUCAUCUUCCAGUUCAUCAUCUUCUUUAGUGGAGAAUAAAAAAGGAGGUGAAGAGCAAGAACAAGUUGUAAUUGCUCGUUUUCUUGCAUCUCUACAACCAUCAGAAUUAAAGAACUCGAAGCAAAGUGAUUGCCAUCCAGGACAGGAGAGAUUUAUCCCUGUAUGCAAGCACUUGACCCCUCCAACACCAAGCUUAUAUCCUAUGCAGUGCCAAAACUGGGUAUAUCCUGGCUUUUCCCAUGAAAUGGCCAUAUACCAAAUGUGGCAGCAAGAACAAUUGUUGCAAUUGCAAAACCGUUUAUUGACGCUUCAAGUUCCACCAGCUCCUCCUCCUGGUCCUCAAAUUCUUCCAUAUAUGCAGUCUAUACUCCCCCCAGAUUCUCCUCUAUUUGUUCCUGUGAGAGAGCAAGAACGGGUACCUGUAGGGCCGAGAAUUACAAUUGCCACAUCAGGACCAUUAUUAUGCUGCUCAGAUAGUGUGGCCUCUGAUCCAAUCAGGGGAAAAUCUACAGUUACCAUUCAGGAGAUGCAUGACGAGAAGACUGAAGAAUUAUCUGAGUGCUCUCCAUCACUGGCUCCAGAUCCCCCUGUUCUCAGCAAAUUCAAGACUGAAGCAAGAUUUAAGGAAACAAAUCAUGAGCAUGACAAACUGAAAAAUGGUGCAAUGGAAAGCAAAGUUGAAAAUGCUCAACUAGGAGAGAACCAUUCUGAGCAAUUUGAACAGGCUUCCCACAGAAGCAUGGAUUCAGGAUACACACAUGUAGACUUCAGAGUGCAGAACCUAUGUGGUUUUGACUCCACCAAUUCAACUUCACAGUAUCCUCUAAGACUAAGUUGUAGACCACCUCCAUCUGUAGCACCUCCUGUAACAAUCAGAAAUAUGGAGCCUAGACCAUCUGCAGCACCUCCUGUAAGAAUCAGAAAUAUGGGACCGGUUUGUUCAGUUCCCAAACCACAAGAUUUGGCAGCACAAGUUCCAGCUCAACCAAGAAUGAGAACCGGAGGUCCUUCGUAUUCAGCCAGACCACAGCCUCAAAGAAUGGACUUUGGCAGAGUGCAUCCCCGUUCCAUGGCACCAGCAGUUCGAAUAAGAUCAGUUGUACCUGUCUGUUCAGCUCCACCAGCAAGGAAAAUGCCAACCACUGGGCAAGAGGGAGCAUCAACUAGCAAAGAGAAGAAAGAUACGGUACCUGAAGAUGUCUCGACAACAAGUUCAGAACUAGGCAAGCUUGGAACAUGAGCGGAUUACAGACACUACAAUUCAUCUUAUUUUUCUUUUAGUGGUUAGUUUUGCAAUUGAAUUUAUGGUGGUGUUUGGGCACCCAGUGGCAUGUAAUCAGUAUAAAUGGGGAGCAGCUAUAGAUAUUUAUAUAUAAAUAUAUACUUGAAAGUCAUAUUCUUUAAACUUAA